CCAGGUUUCCAGACCGUAAACGCCGACGACGACGAAGAAGACGAUACGUCCCCCUACAUCAUUAACGGAAAGGUAACAAAAAGAUGCAACAUACCUUAUAUUGUGAAACUGAAGAUUUUCAGGUCCACCAGAUCCGUAACUUAUUGCAGCGGGUCGUUACUGGACAAUUACCACGUGCUCACGGCCGGACAUUGCAUACUGAAAAAAAAAGUGAAGACAAUCCGAGUGGAUGUGAUCAUCCGCACAAAAAGGAAAAUUAAAAGAUUCAGAGUCAAGGAUUGGGUUAUCCACAAGGGUUACAAAUUUGGUACAAUUCUUGUGAAUGACAUUGCUGUCCUGACCCUAAAGAAACCAGUUCAGUACAAUGCCUGUGUGAAACCAAUUCGGCUGCCAAGAAAAGAUGAUCACAUUACUCGAGUAUGCACCAUCAGUGGCUGGGGUUUUACAAAAGGUAGGUAACAUCUGUUUGCUACUAUUCCUUUAUGGUCCCUUUUUAUCGUUCUGGUGUUUCUAAGUGUGAAAUGAACGCACAACUCCCGUGGUUUUUUUGUAGGGCCCUACUAAACUGUCGGUUAUUGUAGUUGUU